UCCGCGCCGGAUCGACGAGGGAACAGUCGGAUGUGUAGGGCUCUUGGAUGCUCUUGGUGCUGGUGCUGCUCUGGAUAGUAGCAAGAAACGUUAUCAAUUUAGCGCUCAGUUAAGCUUACCUUACCUUUUACAUACACAAAAAAUAUAUACCUCCCGGAGGUGAUGCGGUCUAAAGUGUGUUCCGGCGGCAUGAUGCCGACAGUGGCUCUCCUUCCGCUGCUGGUCGGUCUGCUGUUGCUGGCCGUGGCGGUGCAGGGCGCCUGCAGCUCUUCGGACAACUGUACGCGCACGAUCUACACGUGGGAAGGGGGCCGGAUCGUUUGGCCCUGCCCGACCACCAAGCGGCUCAUCACCAGCACCGGCAAGUACAAGCCACGUGAUCUGAUCGCGAUGCGCUGCCAGCGCAGCGGUACGCACACGCUGUGCGUGUUUCCGCGCUACAAGAGCAGCAACCCGAUCACGCUGAGCAAGGUGUACGCAACGAAGAAGGGCUGCGACGUCAAGUUCGAACCGUUCCCGUGUUGGAACGAGCAGGAGGAGGGCAACUGCAAUGCGCUCCAGUCGGCCAUCGAUCUGCACAGCGAUGGCGAGUACGUGUGGGUGCUGGACAGUGGGGUGACGCAGUCGCAGCGCACACCGGUCCAGCGCUGCCCGCCGAAGGUCGUGGUGUACUGCAGCAAGACGGGCAAGAAGCUGAAAACGAUCAAUCUGGCCCGGUUUGUGACGGAAAAGUCGCGCCUGCAGUACAUCCAGGUGGAGUGUCUGAAGGGCGGCCGGUGCUACGUGUACGUGAGCGAUCCGGGCAACAAUGCGAUCAUCGUGUACGACGUGUACAAUGGGCGCGGGUAUCGGGUGAUCCUGCCGAAGGCUGUCCACAUGGGCUGCCGCUACCGGGACAUGUUGUACAUCUUCCUGUCGAAGCACAAGGAAGGUACGCGGCUGUACUUUACCUAUCUCGGCGGUAAUCGACUGUUUGCGAUCAAGACGGAGCAUCUGCGCAAGGGACACGGUGGCAACAUUAUAGACAUUGGCGAGAAACCGGUGGUGCCCGUCUUCCUCGGCACGGACGGUGGCCAUGGAGUGUUCUUCAGGGAGGAGGGCGAGAUGAACAUCUACUACUGGGACACCAACACCUGCUGGAAAAAGACCAACUUUAAGCUGGUGUACAAGAGCACGCUCGGCCUGUACGCCACGCACGUGUUCCCCGAUCUGAAGCUGAACCGGCUGCUGGUGCUGGAGAACGAUUUCCCGAGCUACGUGAAGGACCACGCCGGCUGUGGAACGCUCCAUCAGAUCUCGAUCCUCGAUGGAAGCUGCAAGUGUAAUUCGGGCUAGUGGAAGGGGUGGGUGUAGUAGCACAAGGGGGCGGGGGCUGUAAGUUAUUAGUCGAAGCCGUUAAAAAGAAAGGGGUAAAAUUUCAUUUGAACGUUGGCAGAAGGCGAUCGCGUUCAAACACAGCCGUUAUGCAAACAUGUGAUAUGCAAGAGAGCGAGCUAGUAGUGAGUAAGCUUGCUAAACCAUGGUACUCGGGAUGAUUCCGACACUGUCCGGAAGUAUGUUAGUAAUAAAGUUUCUAACAGUUUAAAACGAAA